UGGUUAGCUUUCAUUUCUUUUCUCUGAUAGACUUUUGUGUUAAUUAUAUAAAUUUAAGCGAUAAGAUCCUCUUUUGUUUUUUUUCUUUUGUUUUAGGUUAAAAUGGAAAAGUCCUCCAAGAGAAAGAUUGAUGAAGUAUGCACGCCUCCUGAAAAUCCAUCAUCAAAACCUUUGAGACCAGGGAUAGUUGAAUCAUUUGCCCAACCAUGGCAUCCUUAUUGCAACAAAGGCCCUGGCUUUGCAGGUUCAAGCAGCAGUAAUAGGGCACCGAAUAACCCAAAUCUCCAACUUUGCAAUCUUGAUAAUGUUGUGAAUUCAACUCACAACACAAGUGAUGUUGGUGUGAAUUCAAUUCUUAUUGAUCAACAAGAAGACAAUGCUGAUGAGAAUCUCAAAAAAUCGAUCUCAAGUCGAGUUUUAGCACAGAAAUCCAGAAUCAAGAAAGAACUCUAUGUGGUGAUUUUGGAAGGAAAACUAAAAGUUUUAGAGGAUGAGAUAGCUGAUCUUUUUCAAAAAAUUGAUGCCCUCAAAGAUGAAUAUCCUUCAUUGUUGCUAGAGCAGAAUAAACUAAAACUGCAAAUGGCUAUUAGUGAAAGGGGGAACACACUGCAAGAAUUGGAAGUGGAGAAGAAUAGAGUAGAAAUGAUGAAGUUAUCCGAGCUUCAAAUAGAACAAGCAAUGGAAAAACAAAUAAGGUUGCUGAGCAAUAUUGGCACUAAUGUUCAGCUUAUGUACAAAGCAAACAUAAAUCCUUUUGACCUGCCACAUUUUCUUUGCUCAAACUCAAAUCAAGUUCCAAAUGGAGCAGUGGCGACCUCAAGAACAAGGGAAAUUAAUAUAAACCUACAACCAGAGAAUCGGACACAAGUUUUGAUGGCUAAUAACAGAGGAGUAAGAAAUGAGAACCAAGUAGGGAUGGAAAAUUUGACUGAAAAUGGACAAGGGUCAACUCCAAAUUAUGACAUUGUGAAGUUAGAGCCAAGUGAUUAUUGAUGUUUUAAGUUACUCAGCUUAUAUUUUAUAACAUGACAAACUUUUAUAUUUUGUUAGAGGCUAACAAGAACGAAUUCA